AUGGCUCGAUCUCCCGUCUCUCAAUAUUAUCAUUACACUCGCAUCGCUAACGCUCGUCGACUAUUGCACCACCACCCUACUACUACUACUACUACAAGGAGGUUGCGUCAGCCAGCAGCAACAUGUCGACGCUACACCUCAUCAUCAACUGCAGCCAUUUCUCGUGCUGGCACUUUGUAUGCAGCCAAUGCCUCUUAUCGCUCUUUGCAAUGGUCAAAGUGGACACACUAUGGCCCAGUGGCUGUUACCAGAAGCUUUUAUCGAACGUCUGAUCAAGAUAACGAGCCUCUUCCACCCAAGAAUGAUGGCACCACACCUCAAAUGAUCCAAGAAGAUGAGCUAUUAGGCUACUUUGCACGAUUGAGUAAUCCACGAACACUUGUUAGACACUUGGAUGAAUAUGUGAUUGGGCAAGAACGAGCAAAAAAGACAUUGGCUGUGGCAGUUUUCAACCACUACAACCGAGUACGUGCCAACUUGUAUCGUCAAGCUAAGCAACAGCAACGUCAAGAAGAGGAGCAACAACAACAAGCAGCAGCAACCAUGGAUGGACCUGGUGAGGGUGGUGGUGCACCUCAUCAUAACACUGAUCCUGAACAACGACCCUCCGUACCAUGGCCACCUUCGAAUACUACCAGGUUGGCACAAAGAGUUCCUGGUGAAAUGGUACCUGUGGAAAGGGCAUCAGCUUAUGCUGCACCUCGAAGGCGUAGUUGGACAAAUGAUGGAUUGGUGAAUGGCUCUGGUGUUUCAUCUACGGAUGGUGUUGGAUCAACAACAACAACUACUACUACGACUACUUCUACUACGUCUACCUCUGAUGAGAAUGAUACCACAACCAAUACCACGGGAGCUGAUGGAAUGAUCAAGCCAAUCGCAUCAAGACGUUCAUCUCCUGAAUCUCGGAUAUUGGAUGACAUGGAGGACACCACCGUAUUUGAAAAGAGCAAUGUGCUACUUGUUGGCCCAACAGGAUCCGGCAAAACGCUUUUGGCAAAGACCCUUGCUCAAGUGCUUCAAGUACCAUUUUCCAUGUCGGAUGCCACACCUUUUACGCAAGCAGGCUAUGUCGGAGAGGAUGUGGAAUUGGUCAUCCAAAGGCUAUUGCAGGCAUGCGAUCACGAUGUAAAACGAGCCGAGACUGGUAUCGUCUUUAUCGAUGAGAUUGACAAGAUUUCAAGGCGAACGGAUGCUUCCUCUUCAUCACGUGAUGUAUCAGGCGAAGGUGUACAGCAGUCAUUGCUUCGUAUGCUUGAAGGAACCGUUGUCAAUGUAACCGACAAAUCACCCGUCAACUCAGGCCAUAACAAGCGAGGUGGUGGUGCAGGUGGUGGUAAUGGAUUGACCACAGGGGGUACAUCGUCAUUUGGUGGUGCCGCGCAAAGCAAGCCUGAAGUUUAUUCAGUGGAUACAAGCAACAUUCUCUUCAUAUUGAGUGGUGCAUUCAUUGGUUUGGAUAAGAUUGUGUCGGAUCGCGUUUCCAAAGGGUCUAUUGGAUUCAAUGCUACCAUUCGAUCAUCAGAUGACAAUGUUCCCGAUAAGAAGAAUGAUUUUGAUCCUCUUUCAAUGGUUGAACCUUCAGAUUUGGUCAAGUAUGGGUUGAUCCCUGAAUUCAUCGGCCGUAUUCCCGUUGUGGCAUCUCUAAAGAGCUUGUUGGUCGAAGAUCUUGUGCGGAUUCUGGUGGAGCCCAAAAACUCACUCGUCAAACAAUAUCAAGGCCUUUUUCAAUUGAAUAAUGUGGAUCUACACUUUAGCCAUGCUGCUUUAAGAUCUGUUGCUGAAGAGGCCCUUGCAAAGAAGACUGGUGCACGUGGACUUAGACGUAUCAUGGAGGAUUUGCUGCUGGAAGCUAUGUAUGAUGCACCCAAUUCAUCCAUCAAGCAUGUUAUUGUCGACAGCAAGGUGGCAACUAAAGAGAAGCCUCACAUAUACCUUCCCGCAAGCCAAUCGCAUCUGGUGGACUCUAUUUUGGCUGAAGACGACAAUUUACUAUUAUCACGUGCUGGUGAUAACAACAAUGCUGAUCAAGCCGCUGCGUCUCUGAACAACAACCAAGACAUCAACAUUCGUAGAGAAAUAUCUCAGCAGUUGUAG